GCAAACUUUUGUCUCUUUUUAACUCUCUUAACUUUUGUUUCUUCUCCUACCUUCUUUUACCAACCUUUCCUUUCUUUUACACAUUUAUAGAUAUAUAUACAUAUAUAUAUAUAGAGAGAGAGAGAGAGAAUUGGAAAAAGAGUUGAAAGAUGAAGACUCUCAUGUCUUCAUAGAAACAAGUGAUAUGUGCGCAAAGAAAGAAGAAGCAGAAGACAGUUCUGGAGCCAUGAACAACAUACAAAAUUACCAAAAUGACCUCUUCUUUCACCAACUCAUCUCUCAUCAUCAUGAUCCUUCUCAAACUGAAACCUUUGGAGCAUCCGGUAACGUUGGAUCCGGAUUCACUAUCUUCUCUCAAGAUUCCGUCUCUCCAAUAUGGUCUCUACCUCCAACUACCUCGAUCCAACCACCGUUUGAUCAGUUUCCUCCUCCUUCUUCUUCUCCAGCAUCUUUCUACGGAAGUUUCUUCAACAGAAGUCGACCUCAUCAUCAGGGAUUACAGUUCGGGUACGAGGGUUUUGGUGGAGCCACGUCAGCAGCACAUCAUCAUCAUGAACAGCUUCGGAUCUUGUCUGAAGCUUUAGGUCCUGUAGUACAAGCCGGGUCUGGUCCUUUUGGGUUACAAGCUGAGUUAGGGAAGAUGACAGCACAAGAGAUCAUGGACGCUAAAGCUUUGGCUGCUUCAAAGAGUCAUAGUGAAGCUGAGAGAAGAAGAAGAGAGAGAAUCAAUAAUCAUCUCGCUAAGCUCCGUAGCAUAUUACCCAACACCACCAAAACGGAUAAAGCGUCGUUACUAGCUGAAGUGAUCCAACAUGUGAAAGAGUUGAAGAGCGAGACUUCAGUGAUCUCAGAGACAAAUCUUAUCCCAACGGAGAGCGAUGAGUUAACGGUAGCUUUCACGGAGGAGGAAGAAACCGGAGAUGGCAGAUUUGUAAUAAAAGCGUCGCUUUGCUGUGAAGACAGGUCGGAUCUCUUGCCUGACAUGAUUAAAACAUUGAAAGCAAUGCGUCUCAAAACGCUCAAGGCGGAGAUAACCACCGUCGGGGGACGAGUCAAGAACGUUUUGUUUGUUACCGGGGAAGAGAGCUCCGGUGAAGAAGUGGAGGAAGAGUACUGUAUAGGGACGAUAGAGGAAGCUUUGAAAGCGGUGAUGGAGAAGAACAAAGUUGAGGAAUCAUCUUCUUCUGGAAAUGCUAAGAGACAGAGAAUGAGUAGUCACAAUACUAUCACCAUCGUUGAACAACAACAACAACAUCAUCAGAGGUAAUCAACUUUUACUUAAUCGCUUUCCUCUUUUUAUUUUGGGUGUAUCUACUACGUGUGUGUUGUUUGAUGGUUAUGGAAAUGAAUGUUGUACGUCACGUUAUACUAUAGAUAUAUGUGUGUUUGUGUGUAUGUAUAACGGAGAUAUUUGUAUCCGUUGGGGUCUUGGACUUUUGGUUUGCUUCUAAGAUACUUUUUUAAAAAAAUCUUGUAUCGUUUAGUUGGUUUAUACAUGGCCAAUGCAUGGGUAUGAAAAAUUUCGUUUUAUUGGCAAUGGGAGGAUUUGAGUUUAAUUUUA